CUAAUUUCGGAAAGUCAGAGACAAUAGGAAACAGACGAUGAUGAUUCCGGCAGUUGAUCCUACGGAUUACGCGUCGUAAUCAUUGUACAGUACAACCUAAUAUUUAGUUUACAGAGUUCUAUCGCGACAUUCGUAUGACAAAUGUAUAAAAUGAAUGUGAUAUCGUGCUUGAUAUUAAUUAUAAGUGUGUUAGAAUUAGUAGUAGCAGAAUGGAAUACAAAGGACUAUAUGAAACGAGAACAUUCUUUGAUCAGACCGUAUCAAGGGUCUGGAAUGACAAUACCUUAUUGGGAUUUUAUGGGUAGUACAAUGGUAACGAAUAAUUAUAUUAGAUUAACGCCAGACCAACAAAGUAAACAAGGUGCCAUAUGGAAUUCCGUUCCAUGUUACGUGAGAAAUUGGGAAUUACAAGUUCACUUUAAAGUCCAUGGGAAGGGCAAAGAUUUGUUUGGCGAUGGGUUUGCCAUUUGGUAUGCGAAAGAGAGAUUGAAAAUAGGGCCUGUAUUCGGAAACCAAGACUAUUUCCAAGGACUGGCCAUAAUCUUGGAUACAUAUAGCAAUCACAACGGCCCUCAUAACCACCAACAUCCGUACAUUUCCGCUAUGGUCAAUAACGGUUCCUUGCAUUACGAUCAUGAUCGUGACGGAACUCAUACACAAAUCGCCGGCUGUGGAUCGAACUUUAGAAACUUGGAUCAUGAUACGCAUAUUAGUGUCAGAUACGAAAGGGAUACUCUAACUGUUUCCACAGAUUUUGCGAAUAAAGCUGCGUGGACGGAAUGUUUUUCCGUAAAAGACAUAAAACUUCCCACAGGUUACUAUUUCGGACUUACCGCAACCACGGGAGAUCUAUCCGAUAACCACGAUAUACUAUCUAUCCGUUUGUUUGAAUUAGAUUUACCGAAUGAUCCUAGAGAUCAAGAAGAUAGAUCAAACAUUUUGCCGUCGGCCGCAUACUUCGAUGCACCCCGAGAACACGUAGACGAUCCGAAACAGUCGACGUUGAGUAGAGUAAUGUUUUUCCUUUUGAUGCUCGCGGGCGCGCUCGCAUUGAUCGCCUGCGUGGUGAUAGGCAUUAUGUGGUACCAAAAACGUCAAGAGAACAGUAGGAAACGUCUUUAUUAAAUCACAGUGUGCUACAAACUAUUCUGCUCUUGAAUUUCUCGUUUCCAAUCGGAGGAGUUUUCUUUUCUUUUCAACAUAGAAAAUAAGUCUUGGUGGUCAAGUGUUCAUAAGACUGUUUCUUUCGGUGUUAAUACAAUAACGAUGAACAGCCAUUAUUUCCAGUUCUGAGUGACACUUUACGAGGAACGAAACGUAAUAACUUGUAUACAAUUAUCGUGACAGUCAGGUAAUUUUUCGCUAUCUGCUCUAUACUAGUUUUAAAUACAUGCUCGCGAACGAUUACAGAGUUCCUUUACCAAAGUUAAGUUGUCGCAGCGAAUCUUAUACAUAGCAAUUAAUUGAAUUACUUGCAUAAGGAUUUACACAUACAUACACCGACGUUACGCUUCGAGUGAACGUAAUUUUAUACUAGCAAGGAGAUGCUAAUUUGUUACAUAUCCAGCUUGAACGUGAAAAAAUUGAUUCUAAACGCAUCGGAUGAGGGAAGAGUGUAACAGGUACGCGUAACGUCGAACACGCGUUCUCCUCUCACUCUGACUUAUCCUCACAUUCGGCAUGAUUCGAAAGACUUCAUUCGUAUAGUUUUUAUAUUUGUACAUGAACAAACUGAACGGUAUAAAUAUUAUGGUUGUUGAGUGAUUUCGUACUGUACAACUCGUUUUUAUACAAACCAUGAAAGGGAACCAAAAUUUCGAAAUAAACAAUUGUUGAAAAAACACAGUGUCACCGUAUUUGUGAGAAUGAUGUACGUAAUUUGUUGCCAAAUGUAAAAUAAAUAUGUAUUAAACGGUGUAAAAAAAA